UAAUAAUAAUAAAAAAAAAAAAAAAAUGUGUAGUUCAUUUGACAGCUAUGCGGUAGUGUUUCCUGAGUAAAGCAUUGGAUUUGAAUGAGACGGCAAUGGCUUCUGAAGAUAAAUCCUUAUCAACUCUGGAAGCUCUUUUGACAGAAUUUUUUAAUCCUAAUACAACAAAUGAAAGGAAAAGACAGAUAGAAGAGGUUUUAAAUGGAUUUAGUAAUCAACCAGAGUGCUGGAGGCAUGCUUUAAAUUUUUUAUCAAGUACCUCUAAUGAAUAUGUAUUGAUGUAUUGUUUGACAGUCUUAGAGCAUAUCAUUAAUAAAGUAUGGAUUCGAAUGCCUGGACCAGAUAAAGCAGAAUUACGAACAAGAUUGCAUCGAUUUAUGAUCAGUCAUCACCUUAAAGUUCCAAAUUUUAUAUGCAAUAAAUUAGGAAAACUGGUUGUUGAUAUUGGUCGGUUAGACUGGCCUCAUUUUUUUCCUGACUUCUUUAUGAAUAUUCAUCAGUUGGCCCAGGCACCUGAAACAGCUCCACUUGGAUUAAUGUUAAUACAAACUGCAUUUGAAGAAUUUACAUCACCUAGGGAAGAUCUGGCUGUCACUCGGAAGGAAGAAUUACAUAGAUUAAUGCUGGAACAAGUUCCCGUUGUUCUGAAUAUUUUAGCUGGUCAUCUGGAUGCUGUUUUAGAAAAACAUAGCCAUUUAGUGACUGCUACCCCUCCACCUUCACCAACCCAUUAUCAGAAUAACAGUCAACAAACUCUUUUUAGCACAUCUCCUCUGCACACAG